GUUUUAAGGUGAAGAUGGGUCGUCUCCCCAUUGUAUUUUUGUGCUUAGUUUUUGCAUCCACUGUGGUGUAUGCUGAAAAAGAUCCAGAGGAAGAUUUUCGUAAGCUUCCAAAGCUCUUCCACUUGGAUGACUACAACAAAUGUCUUGCCAGGCAGGAUGGGAUCUACUGCCUCGGAAUGUUCGAAAUCUACAACGAUGUCACACCCAAUCCACUUUAUGACUUGAUACAGGAAAAAGCUCAAGACAGAUACUUGUACAACCGCUCGCUUCUCCACCGCGGGUACUGCUUACCCACGCGCUGUCCGAGCAACGAAACGAACGCGAGCGCACGCUUCGAGCGCUGCGUGGACACGUGGGCGCGAACGCACGCGCUGCGCACGCGCUUGCUAAAGCUGCACUAUUGCCACGCGCACGCGCAGCCGCGCCCGAACGAACCCGACACGAAUGACGCGGCGCACCGAGCCUUUCUCUACUUCAUAUACUUAAUGAUCGCCAUGGCGGGAGUUGGGACGGUUUACGAUGUAUUCUUCGCCAAAAAGGGGAGCAAGGGAUUUGGAAAUACAACCACAGAUGGCGUUAUAGGCCAGUCUGCGAACCAACCAGACUAG